AUGGAUUCAACAGCUCGUCGUGGGAGGCCACGUUUACAACGAUCUGAACGUGUAUUCAGUGAAACACAAUUAAACUCAUGGGAACUAUUUGUAAGAGAUUCAUUAUUAACCAUCGCAUGGCCUGAUCUUAUAAAUACAACACCAGCUCCCAGAAGUGCAACUGCUAGCGAUUUAAUAUCCCGGCGUGGUGUAUUUUCUAGAAGACAUUAUGGUUCUGUAGAACAGCUUCCUCAGCCAGAAAUUGAUGGACAGGAACAAGGUCGACGAUUUCGUAUUGAGAAUGGCGAUUCAAUUGGUGAAAAAGAUGAGAUGUUUGGAUCACCGAGUACACCCAUUUUGGAAAAUCCUGAAUAUCAAACCCGAUGGUAUUUUAAAUAUUUUUUAGGAAAAUUACAUCAAAACUACGUAGGAAUGGAUGGUGACAAAGUGCCGUUUUUCUUAAGCGUUGUAAUGACUGAAUCAAACAACCAAUGUGUGCCUCUAUAUCGAGCAAUCCUUUUCAAAAGAACGGGUGCUCAAAAAAUAUCAUUACCAUAUGUACAGCAUAAAACAUUAACAGUUAAACAAAUAUUAGCAAAUUUUCCAAAUAUGGAUAAACUGGAAAAAGGGCCUAAAGAAAUAUUUUCACCGGACCUGCAAAAAGACUUGUUGUUAUUAGAAGAACAGGAAGGCUCAGUUAAUUUCAAAUUUGGUGUUGUUUACAUGAAACAAGGACAAACUACAGAUGAUGAAAUGUUAAGUAAUGAAACGGGAAGCCAUUAUUUUGAUGACUUCCUGGCAUUACUUGGUGAUAAAAUACGCCUGAAAGGAUGGGAUAAAUAUCGUGGUGGUUUGGAUGUUAAAGGUGAUAUGACAGGACGAUAUUCAAUAUAUACAAUAUAUGAAGGACAUGAAAUUAUGUUUCAUGUAUCAACAUUACUCCCAUAUUCGAGGGAUAACAAACAACAAGUAGAGCGGAAGCGACAUAUUGGAAACGACAUUGUGAAUAUCGUAUUCAUAGAUCCACCAUCAGAUUAUAAUAAUUCUGUUAAUAAUUUUAAUCCAGCAUGUAUUAAAUCACAAUUUACACAUGUAUUCGCGAUAGUUACAUUAAAUGAACAAGGUCAUUAUAAACUGGCAAUAUUCUCUGACGAGAGUGUACCAUUAUUUGGUCCCACAUUACCUUGCCCACCAUCAUUUCGUGAUCCACAUUUAUUUCGAGAGUUUCUACUCGUAAAAUUAAUCAAUGGCGAGAAAGCAACAUUCAAUACACCAACAUUUUCAAGGAAACGCGAAAGGACAUUAGAUAUGCUUAUUAAAGAUUUAUAUAGUGAGCAUGUUAGUGAUACACGUAUGACCAUGUUAAAUAGACGCGCAUUUUCUGAUGUAUUAGCCGAUGCACCACGUAACACCAAAUUAAAAGAAGAUGCACGACAAAUUGAAUUUGUUCGUAUUGGACAAGCGUUGAAACUAGAAGCGAUCGUACGAGGUGAUGCACCAACAAGCUUAGCUACUGCAGGUGGUUCUGGGGCCAUAUUUAAACGAGCACCGUGGGAAGCAAAUUGUUUUUAUCCUGUAUUUCCAAAUCAAUCUAUUGUAAGUGGUGAUAGUUGGAGUGAUAAUAAGCUCGUUGUGUCAACAGAAGAAGGUGUAUAUCUAGUUGAAGAUGGUAAUUCACAUCGUUUGAUAUUUGAUCGUACAAUGGUUGCACGACAGAUAAAUGUCGUUGAAGCACAUGGUGUAUUGUUGUUGCGUAUUGGUGGACCAUCCUCUAGAGAUUCAAAGCAUAUAAUAUAUGUAUUUAGAUUAAGUGAAUUGGAAAUACCACCAUGUUCAUUACAAAGUACACCCAAAUCAAGGUGGCAUUGUAAAGAUAGGCGAUUAGAAAGAACUCGAGGAUGUCAUUUAUAUGCAAUAUCAAGGCCAGGUGGUUCGCAUUUACGAAUGUGUGUAGCCAUCGGAAGAAAACUUGUAAUAAUGCAAUGGAGACAUUCGGCGGCAUGGACGGCUUGGUGUCCGGCCAGUGAUACGGAUACAGUUGAAGGUUUUACAUUCAUUAAGGAAAUAACAUUAACAGAACCAGCUACCAUGCUAACGUUAUUAGAUGGUGCCAGUUCUGGGAUACAUUCGCCAGGUCAAAACGAUCUCAUUUGUGUUGGUUACAAACAUCACUGGGAAAUUGUAAGUGAUCGAACAAAUCAAAUUCAACGUUUGUAUACUGUUGAUGGCACGAAAGUUAAUCUAGUCGCUGCAUUAGACUUGUAUGAAGAUCAGGAAAUCGAACUGCUUCUGUGUUACAAUCAUACGUGUCAUUUUCAAAAAUUGGUUGAUGAUGGUACAAGCACUACAGAUUUUGAUUUUCAUUGGAAUAGCGUUCCUACAAAUAUUGUAUGCGCGUUUCCCUAUGUUAUUGCAUUCACAUCGGACACUAUGGAAAUACGAUUAAUUGUAAAUGGUAAUUUAGUACAUUCAAUGACAAUGCCACGUUUAAAUUUAAUCACAGCAAAAAAUGAUAUUUAUUUUGCGACAACAUCGCCAGAAUUUUUCCCGAAUAAAAACGAACGGCUUCCAGUACAAAUUGAACAAAGAGAAAAUAGUUUAACAACUUCAGAUUCAUCAGCAAAUAAUACAAAUUCAACACAUUCUCCGCCAUCUAGUCCACAUUCAUCGCCAGAAAUCAAACCAUUGCGUAUAUAUCAAAUACCAAUACAUUCACUAAGUGGUCAUAUUGGUGGCCCGCCAAUACGACGUUUUGCAACACCAAGAGCAGCAGCUGCUAGUACGGUUACUACGCAAAAUGUGAUGCCGCAACAAUCUAGUGCCGAAAGUCCUUGUAGCUCCGUAUCACAAUUAACACCACCAGUAAGGCAGGUAUCACGAAGUGCUACCAGUUCUCCAAUUCCACCAACGAAGGGUGCAUUAUUAUCGAGUAAAGGAUUUUCCACAGCACCAAAAUGAUGAUGGACAAAUUUAACUACUAAAAUGCUCACCUAUUUAUUUAAGGAAGGCUAUAAAAGAAUAUUCAUUUGU